AUCUCAAGAAAAGGGCUGUGCCACAGUGGCUGUGCUCUCACAAGUAGGCUAGCUUUGGCGGUCGUAAUAGCAAAAGGUCAGAAGGCACCUCCCCUCUAAGUUGUCGGAUGCAAUGUCAGGAGGGUAGUUUUAGCCGUUGUUAAUGUUACCUUUUUAUCGGUAUUUUCGAGGCGUCCAAGAUCACCAUAUCCGGGUGUCUACUACGCACUAACAUCCGCAAGAGAGUGGGCGCUGGUUGAAAACAACGCUGGUUCUCAUCUACUGUAGGUAGUCCCAUAAGCCCAAACAUCGCAGUGCAUUUAUACAAAACUGAAAGCAAAGGCAGGUAGAUUAGUAGGCCCUACUAGUACAGUAGGUAGCGUUUAGACCUACGUAAUGAGGAUCGCCUAUAUCAUCCUAGGAAGUGUGUGGAUUUUGUUGCUUUCCUCCACUGAAGUCAAAGGAGAAUGCACCAAGCCCACGACCACUGAGAACGCCGUCAUUCAUGAAGAUGAUAUCAACAAAGAGACGUUUGCUGACCAGGAUAGAGUCAGACUCAAGUGCCACCCUGGGUAUGAGCCAACUCAAAGUUCACCAAUGAGGCUCACUUGUACGGGUGACAAGUGGAGCCCACCGCCAGAAAGAUUCACUUGCCAAAAAAAGACCUGUGGCCACCCGGGGGAUAUAAUAUAUGGGAAAUAUGAAUACCUGUCGGAAAAUAAAUUUGGAGAUAUAAUUCAGCCUCAAUGCAAUCUUGGAUACUACUUAUUGGGAAGUCCAGACCAGCAGAGGGUAUGCAUGGCGAAUGGAGAAUGGGACGGCCAAGAGCCUGUCUGCGAAGCAAUAACAUGUGGAGCUCCACCACGGAUCGACAAUGGCCGUCCAAAACUUCCUCCAGAAGAUGAGUAUGAAUAUAACCAUGUGGUGGAGUAUGUCUGUAAUGUUGGCACUCUACUGGGGGACUCCAGCAUACGCUGUCUUCUGAAUACUUCCUGGUCAAACGCACCUCAAUGUAAAGGUAAUCUUUUCCCCCCACUUGAACCGUCUUAUCGAGUUACUGCAUCACGACUUUGCAUGUUAACUCAAAACGCACAACCCCCUGUGAUCAGUUAGGUUUAGGGGUGUUUUUUGGUCAGGGCACAAUUUCGCCAUUUCCUUGAUGGGGCAAUUAUUCCCCUUCGCUACAGCACCCUU